AUGGAUGCGCCAGAAGACGACUUGGACAUCAAGCUACAAAAGAUAUCCAACGACCUCAUCACCGAUUUCGACGCCUCCCUAGUCCCCUUCCUCAGGAAGCAGAAUGGCUCAGGUGGAACUGUAGUCAGGUCCCGUGUGCGUUCUCGUGAGCUGGAACGCAUUAUUGCCGGACUCCUUGAUCCUUUCCAAGAACUUCCACAGCUUCUGGACCCCUACUUGCCCAAAUGGCUCCCCAUUCUUGCCGAGAACUUUCUCGAGUAUCAGCAGUCUCGUUACCGGAACAAGUUGCUCUCAACCCGAUCGGAUCUGUUGACCCCGUUGCCGAGGGCCAUUUGCAAGAUCUUGUACACUUUCUGCAAGAUUCGCGGUGAAAAGGUCAUUGUCCGCUUUCUCAACAACGAGACAAAGUACCUGGAGCUUGUCCUCUCGGCUCUCGAGGAGUCGGAAAGACAUCGAGACGCAAAGCCCUCUUCCGCUGAUUCCAGCACCACCACCGCUGGUACCGGCCCGCAGUGGACUUGGGAGGAGAGGUACAUUGUCUUGUUGUGGCUUUCACAUCUUAUGCUUGCCCCAUUUGACCUGGCCACCAUCUCAUCAACCGAUGUCGAGCAGGAUGAUCUCGUGCCUAUUCCUGGUUUCCAGUGGCCUCAAGGUCUUCCCAGUAUAACCACUCGGAUCCUACCUCUGGCCAUCAAAGAUAUGCAACAACUGGGCGUGUUAGAUGCCUUGGUAAACUGGGCCAUCUCUGCUCUUCGCCCUCAAGCGGGACUUCAGAGAACACCGUACCAUUACAUUGGCGUUCUCUCCUUCUUGUCCGGUGUUCUCGUUUCGUCAAUCGACACCUCCGACAUGGACAAGUAUCUGCUGACUUUGUUUCAAGAGGUCCAUGGGGCUGCCACCGAUCAGAAUGCUGCCGGGUCAGUUAUGUCAUCGGCCCUGGCUCGCAAGACGAUGAUCAAGGUCAUUCGGUCAAUCGCGGUUUCGAUAUUGCGCAUGUCUAGUCAAGAUAUGCCGAGUAUGGAUAUCAUCGAAACUACCAUUGGUUUCCUACUCGAAAACCUAGCAGACAAUGAUACGCCAGUCCGGUUCGCUGCCAGCAAAGCUCUCAGUGUCAUCACCUUGAAGCUUGAUCCUGACAUGGCCUCAGAAGUUGUCGAAGCUGUGAUUGACUCGCUGAACAAGAAUGUCCUGUGGGUAAAGCAUCCCAAGGAUAUAAACGCGCCGCCAGUCAUGGACAUUGGCGCCGUUGAUCCUCUCGAGUGGCAUGGGCUGAUGCUAACCCUAUCCCACCUUCUUUACCGACGCUCACCCCCUGCAGAGAAUCUAGAUGGCAUUAUCAAUGCCCUCUUGACCGGACUUGCAUUUGAAAGGCGAGGAACUUCUGGCGGAUCUAUCGGCACCAACGUUCGAGAUGCGGCGUGCUUCGGCAUAUGGGCACUCGCACGUAGAUAUAGUACAAAGGAACUGCUUGCAGUCCCCACCAGCUCUACGGUAUCCACCAGAUUCUACAGCCAACGAGCCUCGAUGCUCCAGAUUCUGGCUACGGAACUCGUCGUGGCUGCCUGCCUGGACCCUUCAGGAAACAUCAGACGCGGUUCGUCUGCCGCCUUGCAGGAGUUGAUUGGCCGCCAUCCUGAUACAGUUGAGAAGGGAAUUUGGGUGGUCCAAACAGUCGACUACCAUGCUGUAGCUCGGAGAUCCAGGGCACUCCAGGACGUUGCCCUGAAUGUCACGAGAUUAUCGAGCCAGUAUGGCGAGGCUAUUCUGCACGCUCUCCUUGGCUGGAGAGGUAUUGGUGAUUUCGACGCCAUGGCAAGACGAGCAGCAGGAGCGUCCUUUGGCACCAUUGCUUCAGAGCUUGCCCUGGGCGUCCCUGAUUCAGCUGCAAGGCUUACGUACUUAAUGGCUAUGGUCCUUGACCGGGUCAAGUCACUGCAAGUACGGCAAGUGGAGGAAAGACAUGGGCUGCUCAUGAGCUUCGCAUCAUUGCUCGAUGCCUUUCCGAAAAUUGCAAGUGCGCCUGAAGACACAGGAAGCACCACUUCCCACGACUCCAAAUCAAACUUCGUUUCCAACUCGCUUGCGGGGUUAACAGAAAUUCUUACCGACGCAGACAGCAAAACAUACCGGAAACCUGAAUUGAUCGCCGAAGGAGCGAGCUCUUUGAUUAUCUCCUCUUUCCCGGUAUUGCAGUCAUCUGUACUGACCAGCAAUGGCGCUAUGUCAAAAACAGCCGAGACAACACUCCUGCCUGGACGAGCCCUCUUCGCAAAGAGUGGCACUGAGAUCUCCAGCCUGAUAACGAAGAUGACACCUAGACCUGAACAGGUCAAAAGGAUUGCAGGACUUGCCAAAGCUAACCUGGCAAAAUGGCUUGUUCGUCCAGAGCAAGAGAUCAUAUGUGUAGCUUCCGAAGCCGCGCUCGUCCUUCUCAUAUUCUGUGAGGAUGCUGAGCGUGAGAACGUGGUCCGUGAAUGGGCUGAUGCUGUCCGGCAUCGUCCAUCUGGGCGAGCAACUACCGCCUCAGGAUAUUUCGCUGCGCUCGCCAUGUCGUACUCCGUACUUGCGACUUUGAAGGUCGCUGAGCAAGACAGAAGCUUAAUGUGCAGCGCUUUCGUUGAUCGUUGGAGGAGUGAUAAUGAUAUUGAGACCAGAGUUUCCAUCCUCUCCAGUCUCACUCAGAGUGAUAUUCUACGAGAAAACAUCGACACAUUUCUCGAGCUCAUCACCGCUGGCCUGGAUGACUAUACUACCAAUGCACGGGGUGACGUCGGGUCCCUGGUCCGCUUACAGGCUAUCAAGGCAACAAAGUUCCUCUGGGAGAGAUUGGAUCAGCUUCCUACAGAUGAGGCUUCCCGGGUUGUUUCGGGCUUGUUUUUGCGCAUUCUGCGUCUAGCAGCUGAGAAGUUGGACAAAGUAAGAGCUGAAGCGCAGACGGCCUUGGCUUUGGUUUUGAAUCCGAAUUACUCUUCUCGGGUUCGCGAAUCGACGUUCUCUUCAAGGGUUUACUUUGGCUUCUUGCUGAACUUGCUAUUCGAAGACGUGUUACAACCCGCCAUAGCAGAUACUCUUAAAGCUGAUCCAGAUACCUGGAUGGAAGAGCUCCUGGCAGGACUUGUCUCAUCCGCCGACACCGGAAACGAAGAGCUUGUCAUCGCAACCAGAGCUGCCCUGUGCGGGUUUUGCCAGCAGUCAAAGGAAAAGACGGACGCCGUGUGCACUGCACUUGUCCGCAAUCUCAAAAGCAGGCAAGGCCAGGACCGGGUGCUAGUUCCAACAUUGGAGGUCACCGCUUUCCUGCUCCAUGUGGGCAUCUUCGAGACAUGUGACAAGAUCAACUACAAGAGCUUAUGCUUGCAGGUCCAGAAAGCUUGCUACAAGACGGGCAACAUCCGCAAGAUCGAGGCCUGCAUCAGGGUCUACGGUGCUGUCGCUGAGCUCGGUCGGUCCCGCGGCUCUGAUCAGGCAUCUCUGGAUGGUACAAAUGAACAGAAGAAACAAGAGGGUAUUACGGACGCUCGUAAGAGACUCGGCGCCCUCAUGAUGCACCCAUGGCCACGUAUCAGGAGCUUUGUUGUCGACGAACUCUGGGGACUAACCUCGACCAGCCUCAAUGACCCAGCAGCACAGAAGCUGAAGAGCGUUGAUUGGGGUAAGGCUGAAAAGGGGUCUGUGAAAUCGCUUGUUGAGGCUCUCGAGCUGGGCAGCUAG